AUGGCAUUUGACGACGAAGAUCCCACCCUGUCGGCUUUACCAGCCACUACCGGGGAUCAAGGAGCAGAUGAGGCGCCGUCGCUUGAAGAUGCCCUUGCGGAUGAGAUGCAAGAUUUCCGGCUAUUCGCCUCGCUCUUCGAUAAGAAGCAGGCCGGAGGUAAGACGUUACGUCGCGGCGAGAAGGAUUUCGAGUCGCAUGGCACUCGUGCGCAACAGGGCGCCUUGGAUGCCAGCCGCGGUGCUAUGCACGAGGUUUUGAGCUACACCCGCUCUCACAAGCCCAAGGACCACACUCGCGCCUGGUACUUCCCGGAUAAAUGGGUUGAUGUGCCUCCCGCGGAGGAAACGGAGGGCGAGAAGGGCGCGGGGUUGUUUGCUAGGGAGCGUGUGGUGGUCGUGGAGAAUGAGAUAAAGGGACCCCUUGGCCAGAACACUGGUCGAGUUGUCACCGGUCUCGAAGGGUAUAAGCAGACGCCGGGGUGGCUUAAGACGUGGUUAUUACCGGAGGAGGCUUUAUAUCUAGUCGAACGUGGUUCGUUGGAUCUCUGGUGGCCGGCACGAGGUAUCGAAGAUAUCCUCCCAGUAAAGCAUGACGGAACGAUUGAGAACGACGAUGAACUUGAUAAACAACUUGAAGACUACGAGCUCGGAAUACCACUUAGUUUCCAGGCAGCAUACGCACUCCUUAUCGGUCAGGAUGGAGAGCGAGGCAAGGUUAGCCUCGAGAAGUACCAGGUCUACGCUAACCUCCGGAGAACCGGAUAUAAAAUCAUGAGAGCAACUGCAAUAUCGUUACCACCGCCAGUCUCCGCUAAAUCCUCAUCCCAGGCUCUAUGGCGGUGGUUAUUCUCUUUAUUCCCCGUAUCAUCGCAAACGCACACACCAUCCUACGGACCACUCGUCAAGCCAGGUCUCUACCGUUCCUACAAUCCGAUCUUCACACAGCUCGCCCUCCUCCCGCGACACACACCUACCCCCAGUCUCCGAGCUUCCACCCCAGCGCCAGAAGAGCCGUUCCGGAUCCACUUCCAUGUGUGGAAGAGUAGCACCGCGUUCCCCAAAACCAAGCCCCCAUCCCCCGACUUCCGAAUCGCAGUCGCAGAAGCGCGCAGCUCGUCCAUACCAACCCUCGGGCAACUUACGGCACUACUCGAGCACUGCACACCGUGGGAUCCGCCCGAGCUGAAAGACGGCAAGGAUGGAGUAGGAGCGGGGGCCAUGUAUCGCCGUCUUAAGCACGCGUGGCGCAAUGCGAUUAUUGCGGUCGUGGAUCGCGGGCUCAUUAGCUACGUCCGGUUUGGCGAGAUGGCGUUCGGAGAGGAAAAGUUACGUGCUGUUCCUGUCCAUCCUAAGCAGCCUGCACCUUCGGAAGAAACUGUCCCUGCCGCCGAUGCGACUGAAGCUGCAGUUCAUGACGCUGAACUAAGCUCGCCUCCUGAGAGCAGCUCAGUAUCUAGUGUUAACCCCGAUAUGCUAGGCGACGAGAUUGUUGUUGGUACACGCGCUAACGGGAACAAAUCACCUGUACGUCGAGUCGCUUCCGAGCGAGGAGACAUCGAUAUGCCUGACGUCGAGGAGGACGAUGAGCCUGUUCCACAUUACCCGAAGCGCAAACGCGCAUCACUUUACAACAACCUUGGCGACGAAGAAUUAGAAAAUAGCCAGGUCAAAGAUGCAGAUGAUGUCGAUGAGGGUUUAGCUAAAGGGAAACCACGACAAAAAUUUGACGAGGACAGCAAGCACGUACCUGUUGGUUAUUGGCGUUCUUCCCCAGUCCCUCAAAUAGAAGGAAAGCAUAUGGUGGUCGGGUUUAUCGAUGUGCGCGAUCGCCUACGAACACGGAUCAGGCCCAAGGCGCUAAACGGUGACCUUAUUAACCUUCGAAUAUUCCCUAUCCCUUCUGGUCCUGGUGGUAGCUGGAUUACUUUUCCAGGCACCGUAUUCUUGGACCAUCUUAUCGGAAGAGAUCAUAACGUGAUCAAGGAGUAUGUCAAAGUCCGAGCUGAGACGCUUCACGACCGCUCCAAGGAAGCCGAUCAGGCCGCAAUAGCAGAAGCCCUGCGCCGCCUAGAACUCAACCCCCCGCCUGAGACCCCCCAACCUCCUUCUAUAGCAUGGGGCUUAGAUGUACCCGAGCAAACACAGGUUUCUCGCCCUGAGACAAAGCGCCGUCGUUAUGGUAGUAGUGUUGGCACUAUCGCCGAGCGCGCCGAUCGUAUCGAACAAGCUGAGCAGGCCGAUAAUGUCGAACUUGUUGAGCGUUCCGAACGUCUUCCUAUUAUUCCUCACAAUCAACCGGAUAUUCCCCAAUCGCCCCGAAAACCAACCCGCAUACUUGUUGGUUGCUGGGCCAAGUCAACUGCGCAGAAAGAUGAGGAUAAGCUUGCGGUCUAUGGUAUCUUGGGUGCCAAUGAUAUGUUCCGUGUGAAACUCGUCCGCGAGACAAUGGAUGGUCGUUAUACAGACGACAACUUCCCUAGUGGAGCAGGCGCGUUAUGGAUUUCAUACGACGAGGUCCUUUUUGUCAGUCAUCUAAAGCAACUUACCAGACCGGAGGUCAAGGAAUAUGUCCGCAUUCGCCAGGCUCAGAUUGAUGCCGGGGAAAAAAGGGAGGAGCAAGUUGCGAAUGAGACUAAAGCAGUUCAUGAGGCUCAACUACGAGCAGCAGCGAUUUCAGCAGCCAGUCCUAUCCGUGCGCCUAAUCAGGGACAUGCAGGGCCUAGCCCUUCGUCCGGUCUCAGCCGUGAGGAUGUUCGUGACGGUCACGAAUCGAGACAGCCCCGACGUGAAGUUGCGUCCCGAAACAUCGAGUCAGCCCAAACAAUGCGACAUUCUCACCCGGAAGUGGAGAUUAGACAGGCUAGUCGUAAUACUAGUAAUGAUCCUAUUGAGCGCGUUCAGGGUUAUGCUAACCGCGAAGUUGCGAGAAUGGAAGCGGUGCAGAUGCGUACCGAUCGCCACCAGGCCAACCGCAACUCUGUGGUAAAUCCCGGAGCCUUGAUGAACGCGCAUGAUAACCGGCGCGACUUCGACGAGAAUAUUCUCAAGAUGAACCAAGUUUGGGAGGCUCAAGAGAAUAUGAGAAUGAGACCGGCUAGUCGCCACGGUAAUGGAGAUGUCAUGAUGCACCAAGGCAUCAAGUAUGAACGAAAACAGAACGGACCAUUCAAAGACAGGCUUGUCAGCCAAGGAACUAUCAUCAAUAUCGACGGCGAAGACUAUGUCGAAUACCGCGUUCUUACGAAACCCUCUUUUUUCUAG